AUAUAUUUCGGUUAAAAAUUCAAAAUUCCAGAGCUUCCAUAAUGGCACUGAGUAUUAAUUCCUCCCGAGCACUGUUCCGCCCAACCCCGACGAUUUUGGGUGCGGUCAACAGCUGUGUGCGAUUCGCAUCCGGUUGUGAUAAGAAGGAAAAGAGCCGGUGCCCCAAGGUGUUGACCAAGUUCCCAUGCGGCAAACCCAGCUUGCAGGCUCCGCCCCAGAAGAAGAAAAAGAUAGUCAAGGCCGAGUCCAUGUGGCUGAAUCCAUUCUGCGAUCCCGACGACACAGCCUGUCCGUUCAAUCCGCGCUUCGACGACAUCUACUACGUGGAGUCGGACAAGGCCAAGCGGAAGUACUGGCAGACAUGGGUGGCCUGUCCGCCCAUCCAGAUCAAGCCCAAGAAGAUAUGCUGCUUCGCCAAGGCCAAGCCGGCUCCUAUCAAGCGGCGCAAGCCAUCGGCCAAACCCUCCACCGCCUGUCCGCAGCCCUGUCCGGAUCUCUCGGAGGGGGACUGCCCUCGUCUGGCCCGUCGCUGUCAUCGCGAUGGCCGCCGACCACCCUCGUGCCGAAGGGAACGGGGACCGCUGCCGUGUGUGAAGCCCCGCACCCCAUACCCCUCAUUCUCGGAGUGCCGACGCCUCAAGCCGGGCGCCCUGCCGCUCAAGGAGUGCAAUUGCCUGGUGAAACCGCUGCUCUGUGAGAUUUGGGCCGAGUUCCGACGACGAGCCGUUGCCAAGAAGUAGGAGUCGUGGCUCUGAUUAUAUAAAGCGCUUUUACGAUUCUAUAGCAUAUACACUUUUUAUUUGUAUGAGGAAAUUAAAUUGUGUGCCCUGAGUGCCAGCAAGGAUGCCGGA